UACAUUGGUUCAUGGAUAAGGUUUUUUUUACUAUGUACAUCUUAUCUUUUGCUACAUGUCUUUUUAAGGUAACGCUAGUGCUUUUUUACCUCUCUUUUGGAUGUUGUUUCUUAUAACACUCUUUUUGUAGAUGAACUGAUGAUGUCUACUGAGCAGUAGACGAAACGUCUUCAAUAAAUAGAUGAAGUAGCUGAAUUCUUUGUCUCUUUUUUCACCCACUUGACCGAUAAAACCCUACACUUACGAGUGCUCCUUUGUUAUAUUGGAAUUGACGGUCGUACUCCUUUAUGAUGUCUUCUGUUACAGAGGGUUUUUACGCUAAUACCAGGCGCAUCCAUGGGGAACUACCAGUGAAAAAGCUUAAGAGAUGGACCAAUCUGACCGAAAAACUAGCUACAGCUGAAGCAAGAAGAACUUUCCUUCUAGAGUGCAGGAGAACCAAGAAAAUUCCUAGAUUUAUCACAGACACCACUUCUAACAUACUUACUACUACCACAGGAACCCACGAUCACACACUCCAACGCAGGAGCCAGGCUCUUAAUAGACAGAGGGUUUUUACGCUAAUACCAGGCGCAUCCAUGGGGAACUACCAGUGAAAAAGCUUAAGAGAUGGACCAAUCUGACCGAAAAACUAGCUACAGCUGAAGCAAGAAGAACUUUCCUUCUAGAGUGCAGGAGAACCAAGAAAAUUCCUAGAUUUAUCACAGACACCACUUCUAACAUACUUACUACUACCACAGGAACCCACGAUCACACACUCCAACGCAGGAGCCAGGCUCUUAAUAGACAGGUGAGGGCACGAUUACUUAAUUUCCAUAUAUCGAAGGUUCAUUCAGAUAUUAAAUUCAUUUUUGGUCAAAUAAAUAAUGUCACUGAUUUCUUAGAUCACACUUUACCUGCAUCUUUGUUAGAUAGGUUUGAGACCUCUUUACACAAGAAAUUUAAUUUCGUUUAUAAUAAAACUAUUUUACAUCUUCAGAGUAAGCUUGAUAAAUUGGGUACACCAGACUUCCACAAAAUUCCAUUUAAUCCUAAUUGGAUAAAGAAUCUUUCUAAUGUGGAUGUUCCUCAAAAUAUUCUAAAGUUAUUAUCUUUGGGCCCUAAAUUUGGUCUGGAACCUACCUUCAAAGAUUAUUCAAUCAGUAGGACCCUUGCAGAUGUGGAAAAUAUAUUGUCUCAUGCAGACAAUGCUGAUCUUCUUUCCCUAAGGUCAUCUUCUAACAACAUUCUGUUGAAUUAUACCAACCGCCCUAGGCAAUCCAUUUCUGAAAUUGAUAAGAUUUAUAGGGAAACGGUAUCGUUUUUAAAAACCCACCCUAAUCUUCUCGUUCUCACCAGUGACAAAGGCAAUGCCACUGUUCUUAUGGAUAAAGAUCAAUACAUCAGCCUCAGUCAAUCAUUGUUAGAUGACGUUAGGUACUACCAACCUCUUACUUCAAACCCCUGUUCAAAAUUUUCUAACAAAAUUAAUAAAUUCAUUACUCACUUAAAAAAUAUUAAGAUCAUAGAUCAAACUUUAGCUAAGUCAUUACAUAAUUAUGAUGGUUAUGCUCCAAGAUUUUAUUGUCUGCCCAAAAUUCACAAGCCCACAUUGAGCAUGAGGCCUAUUGUUUCCUCAAUUAAUUCACCUAAUAUACAUAUUGCUAAAUUUUUGACUGAUAUCUUGUCAAAAUCUUAUAAUUACAAUAAUGAUUACAACAUUGUUGACUCUUUUCAAUUUAGUGAAUUUAUUAAUGACUUGAAGCUACCACAUGGUUAUAUUUUGGUGAGUUUUGAUGUAGUUUCACUUUUUACUAACCUUCCCUUGGCUAGUGUCCUUACUUCACUAAGAAAUCAUUGGAAUAUUAUCCAACCUAAUUCUCCAGUUUCCUGGGAAGUGUUUGCAGAAUUGCUCCAAUUAGUGUUUGACACUAAUUUUUUGGUCUUCAACGACAAAUUUUAUUUACAAAUUUUUGGGACACCAAUGGGUUCCUCGAUUUCACCCAUCCUAGUGAAUUAUGUUUUGGAUGAUUUAGUUUCUGACCGGCUGGGUUAUUUAGAUUUUCAAGUUCCUUUUGUUAAACGUUAUGUGGACGACCUAUUACUAGCCUUACCACCAGACAAGACUCAGGCCACCUUGUCCAUCUUCAAUGGGUUUGAUCCUCACUUGCAGUUCACAUGUGAACUCGAGGACCCCAACAACCAGAGUAUCCCCUUCUUGGACAUGCGUGUCACUAGAAGUGGAGAUAACACACUCUGUACAAGCUGGUAUAGGAAACCAAUGGCCUCUAAUAGGUUUCUCAACUACCA